AAAUAAUAAUAAUAAUAAUUUAGCUACGAUAAAUAACAAUAAAUCUUUACUUACUUUUGAUUCUUAUUUGUAACAUAUAUGAUAAUCAGAAUUCGGAAAAAAGAAAAUGUCUUCAACCACCGAUAACAACAACAACAACAACAAUAACAUUAAUGGAACGACAAUGACCAAUAUUUCGACUGUAUCAGGUCGUCGUCCACCGGGAAAACCAAUAAAAUUCUAUACAUCACGUACUGCAUCAGCAUGUCGUGCUGUUAAAAUGGUUGCCACACAUUUGAAUAUUCCAUUGGAUGAAAUUGCAAUGCGCUGUUAUAUUGAUACACGAACCGAAAAAUUUCGACAGAUAAAUCCAUGCCAUACAUUGCCAGUAAUCGAUGAUGAUGGUUAUAUUCUUUGGGAAUCAAGAGCAAUUAUGCAAUAUCUUUGUAAUCAAUAUGCACCAGAUUCAACAUUAUAUCCACGUGAUCCAGAAAAACGUGCAACCGUAGAUCGAUUAUUGAAUUUUGAUCUCAAAACACUUAGUCAUGCUGUUAUGGCUGUACAUUAUGAAUUUAUGUUUCCAAGUGAAUAUAGUUCAUCACGUGGUGAAAAAUUGAUUGCCGUUACAAAUGCAUUAACAUUGUUGGAAAUAUUUUUAAUCAAUAAACAUUAUGUUGCAUGUGAACAUUUAACUAUUGCCGAUAUAUCAAUAUUGGCUAAUGUUACAUUAUUGGAAAUAUCUGUUGAAUUUGAUUUAAGUAGCUAUCCAAAUAUAUGGCUUUGGAUACAAAGAUUACGAAAUGAAUUACCAUAUUAUGAAUGGUUAACAAAAAUGGCACAUGAUGAAUUACGAUCAUUAAUACAAUCGGUACGUGAUGCAAAUGAUGAAUGGUCAUCACCAUUACCACGUUGUGCUUUUACACCAUCAUCAUUAAAUAAUGAUUCAACAACAGCAAGUUGUUCAACCGAUUGUAUUGAACAACAACGACGACAAUAUAAACGAUUAUUUUCUAAUGAUGUACAAACAGAUGUAGCACGGAUUAUGGCCGCUGUUAUACCGACAUUUAUUAAGAAUAAAAAUUCAAAUUCUGAAUCGAAUAUGACCACAAAUACCACCACCACCACCAACAACAACAACAAUAAUACAGUCACCAAAACACCUAUCAUUAUUACAUCGAACAAUGAUAAUACCACCGAAUCGAUACCUAAUAUGUCCACUACAAUCAAAUCAAUAUCAUCAUCAUCAUCAUCAUCAUUAAAUGGUAGCUUUAAUCAAAAUAAUAAUGGUAAUCGAAUAUUAACAACAUCGAAUGUUAAAUUAUGUUCAAAUAAUCAUUAUUAUGAUAAUGAUAGAAAUUUAUUUGCUAAAAGAAUUCGUUUAACAAUUGAACCAAAUACUGGACAUUUUGAUUCAUCUCAAUCAUCAUCAUCAUCAUCAUCGAUUCAAUGAAAUGAAAUAUUUCAAAAAAUGAAAAUAAAUUUUAAUAAUUGUGCGAUCCAAAUCUAU